AUGGGUGCAAACACUUCAAAAGCCAAUGACCCUGAAAACCACUCUUCUCAUUCCUCCACCCACCACAAAGUCAAGGACCUUGUCGACUUUGGGCCCGUGCUCCCCAAUGGAUUGUAUCCCACGGCUUUACAAGACUAUGACCUAAGAUGUGUACGCAACUUGAUAUUGAGUCGUAAGCUUGCUCCCUUUUAUAAAGGGCUGCCAGAGCCUCCGGAAGUGGUUGUACCCACCUUCACACGCCCAACAUUACUUGAACCACCUGUUCCCGCUGCAUCAUCAUCCAUGUCCACUGUUUCUUCCUCUACACGACGUGCUGAAAGUAAUGGUGGAAGACCUCGUAGUGCAUCCAGCUCUAGUUGCAACAGCAGCAAAAAACAACAACAACAACAAUGUCAUCAUACAGCAGCCACCAAACCAGUAUCCGAAAGGCAGCUAAGACUUGAGCGUAUGCGUUUACAAAGAGAAAUGCUUUACAACAAUGCUAUCGAAUGUCCGAUAUGCUUUUUGUAUUACCCCGCCAAUAUCAACUACUCACGGUGCUGUGAUCAACCAUUGUGCACAGAGUGCUUUGUACAAAUCAAACGACCCACAGAAACACCCAAUACCCCUGCCACAUGUCCCUUUUGUAUGCAAGAGAACUUUGGUAUCAUUUAUCAUCCCCCAGCUUGGAGCGAAAAGUCUCGGAACGGUAAUAACGAACCGACCACGCUAGUGCAAGAAGGUACACGCCACACCACAUCCGGCGUUGCUGCUGCAGAAAGUAGGCCACGUAGAGCUACCCUUAGUCAUCGUGAUCCAAGCGUUGUCCUUGUUGAUCAUGUGAGACCCAAUUGGCAUAGGACCCAGGCUACGACUUCAACAACAAGCAGCAACAGCCGACGGAGUUCAACUCUUUUACGCACUGUCCCCACUGGUUACAAUCAUCAACAUGGUCCUCGUUCAAAUCGAUCAGCAUCAUCAGCUACAGCAUCAGAGUAUAAUCACUUUUUAUCGACAAUGCGUGGCAUGGAUAUGGAUUUGGAGGAAUGGAUGGUCAUGGAAGCUAUUCGACGUUCCUUGGCAGAGCAAGAGAACAUGACGUCGGUUGCACAAGAUGCUGAUGACAAUGAACCCUUGUAUGCUACUGCUAGGAGACUUGGUUAUCAACAACAGCAACAACAACAACAAGUGACAGGAUCGACCGAGUCAUCUUCUACUUCGGACGCGUCAUCUGAUGAGAAUGAUCCUACCGUAUAUAUCGAUCGUCAUGCAGAAAGUGGCCGUGAUGAUAAGCGGGUAGCUGUGGACCCAUCCAAUACCAGCGGUAGCAAUGGCAACGGUAGCAAUGGCAACAGCAACAGUGGUAGCAACGCUGGUGUUGUUUGUUAA